AUGGCCCCUGUGGCGUCGGACGAGAUCGUCUUUAUACACGACAAAAAGGCUAAAGAGAAGGUCCGAAAAUGUGGGGGAAGCGCGAAACGCAAAGCCGUGCAGCUGGGCAAGGGCGCCCGAGUGUUUUCGGCCGUCGUCCAUUUCAACCCGACCUAUGGAGAAUUAGACGGGGCUGUGUACGUCCCUCAAGGCCAAAGCAUUCCUGACGUGAACCAAUUUCUGGCGGAACUCACCAACGGCAUGCGCGGAAUUGGAGGUCAACGUCGGGUCACACGCCGUCGACGGGGGAAGACUACCCCCGAGCCCAGUCAAACUACGGUGGAGGCGAGCGACAACAAGGUGGGGGAACUUACAGACAGUGCAACGGGAGCGGGCGAUGCCAGCGCAGCCGAAGACGCAGAAGGGAAUGAAAUCACGAAUGAAGGAACGAAUGAAGUCACGAAUGGAGAUUCGGAUGCUCCUCACGAGGUCGAGGCCAUUGACAAUGAUGUUGCUGAUGACUGCGGCAUCGGGUUGGACGACCAGCAAGACGAGGCCCGUUGGGACCAAGACCCUACGAACCCAGCACAACAAAAGGAAUCUAAAGAAACAGCACUAUUCAAUGAAGGUCUCAACGACAAAGUGGAGGACUUCGUCAUGGUUGACACCGACACAACGGCCGAGACUAAAGCGGAUGAGGAGGCCUCCUUCAUCGCUUUGCUUGAGGUUGGCAUGCAUGAUCUGUUUGAGGUGGAAGCCGAGACGACCAGUCGCCUUGAUCUCACGGGCGGCGUGUGCCUGCCUGCCUCUGGGCCGGUCGACAACAGCGGGCAAGAAGAACGGCCGAACGCCACCAUGUCUGGUUGGGAAAGUAUGGAGGUGAAGAAGACAAAAGGCGACGCGGUGAUGGAAAAUACGGCGGAAGCCAACGAGGAAGCCCCUGGCCAUGAGCCGAAAACCCAGAAGACGCCAACUGCUGCUGUUGCGCGCGAUUUCCGGACUGCAAGAAACACACAAAAGAUUCACCGCUUCUUUUGGCAAGUGUCGAAGCAGAUUCGACUUGCAAGACGGCAGGGAGACUUUGACUUCGGGCAUAUCCGCCAGAUCCGGCUCGGUGUCAGAUCAGGUGGGGAAGGCCGAGCAACGGUUCAGAGUCGAGGAAACCGAAGUGUGAGGCCGAAAUAUGAGGCCAAAAUGUGA